GAUGAACACAAACAACAACAAACACAUUUGUCAUAAAUGGAAACCAUUCUAGCUCCUCUGCCUCAUUCUCUAUCAUCUUCUUCUUGUCUUUUCAAAUCCAAACAAAUCCCUAAAUCAAACUCCCUCAUCACUCACAAAUCCCCCAUUAUUUCAUGUAAUCUCAAAAACCAACAUUCUUCAUCAUCUUUUUCUAGUGGUUCUUCUAACUGGGUAACCCAUGUUCAACAUGGGUUAGCUGCAUUAGCUAUAUCAUUAGCAAUCAACUUUACACCAAUAUUAGCGACAAGUGGUGCAGCAUUUGCUUCAGAAUUUGAUGUACUAAAUGAUGGUCCUCCUAAAGAUACUUAUGUGGUGGAUGAUGCUGGUGUUCUUAGCAGAGUUACAAGAGCUGAUUUGAAGAACUUGUUGUCUGAUUUGGAGUACCGUAAGAAAAUUCGCAUCAAUUUUGUUACUGUUCGCAAGCUCACGAGCAAAGCUGAUGCCUUUGAAUAUGCUGACCAAGUUCUGGAGAGAUGGUACCCAACACUUGAAGAGGGAAACAACAAAGGGAUAGUGGUACUGGUGACAAGUCAAAAAGAAGGGGCAAUUACAGGAGGCCCUGAAUUCAUUAAGGCAGUUGGUGAUACGGUUCUUGAUGCCACACUAUCCCAAAACCUUCCCGUCUUGGCAACGGAUGAAAAGUACAACGAAGCGAUAUUCAGUAGUGCUAAACGGCUAGCGGCUGCAAUUGAUGGUCUUCCUGAUCCGGGCGGUCCACAAGCUAAGGACAACAAAAGGGAGUCUAACUUCAAAACUAAGGAAGAGACCGCUGAGAAAAGAGAUCAGUUUACCCUUGUGGUAGGAGGUUUGUUGGUUAUCGCUUUUGUUGUUCCCAUGGCACAAUACUAUGCCUAUGUCUCCAGAAAAUAGGUAUUUAUGUCUAGUUGUAUAAAGCCCGUACCCAUGGGAUGAUCACGAGUGAUGUAAUUAGCAAAUUCAUUCUUAAAUGUGGAUGCAUUUCGUUUCGAGUGAUAUUCUGCAUCUGUGCCUUUCGUGAUGUAAUUAAUGGAGGCCCAUAUUAAUGAACAUAGUUUGGCUUUGUAA